CCUCUCAUUAUUGUGGCAAAGAGUGAUGUGCAUGACAACAUGAGCAUUACACAAAUUCAAGUAGCCAUGUCCCAAUUCCCAUAUGUCUAUAUCUCUGACCCGUCACCAAAAAAACUCCCAUCUCCUCCCCCAUAUUAACUCUCCCACCAAAAUCCCAAUCAAACCACAAGCUGCUAACCAGAAAGAACACAAACGAUGAUGAACAAGUUGAAGAAGAAGUCACAGAUUGUGAUGCUCAUCAUCAUGGCCACACUUCUCUUCGUUUCCCCUCUCAUUUCCGCCUCAAUCAGGCCCAAAUACCUCUACUUCAUCUUCAACCUCCUCAUCGUUGCCCUUGCCGCCGAAGCCGGCCUCCUUCUCCCUCAUCCCACCUCCUCCUCUGUAGUUUCCCCUGCAUCAAAACCUACUAUCCCCCUCUCCCCUGACAAGUCUCCCGUGCAUGAUGAUGAAGCAGCCAAUCACAAGAUGGUGGAGAAACCCUCAUCUGAUGACGGGAAUGCUUCACUGCAGUGCCGUCCUUCCAUGCCAAGCUUGUUCUUCAUCGCCGGCGAGGAUCAGGCUGAUCAACGAGAUUCGGUGGAGGAUGAUCAGCAGGAGUUGAUCAGUAGUGAAGCUGAAGAUGAUGGGGCGGCCGUUGGAGAGUUCAUCAGUGGGCAGGAGCUAUUCGCUAAAGCUGAGACGUUCAUUGGGAACUUCUACAAGCAGUUGAAGAUGCAGAGGGAAGAUUCCUGGAACAGGAUGGCGGCCUGAUGAUCAUCAUCGUCGUGAUUAGGCGAUCGUUUUAUAUAUGUAGUCAUUAUGAACUGAUGAUCAAAAGUUUUCAUCAGAUGAUAAUUAGUUCAAAUAUAUAAACCAUUAGAUAAAGUCUUUGGUUUGUAGUGGGAGAAUGAAUUGUAUGUUAUUUCAUUCAUACGGUUCUCUCUUUUGGCCAAAAUUACAGGUAUUUUGUCUAUAUGUAACAAGGGUUACGUUACCGCAUGUGUAACUGUCACCAUUGAAGACACUGCUCUACUAUAGCAUGUAGCUAUAAUUUUUUUUGGUUUUUGCUAACUACAGGGUAUGCUUAGGCGCCUAGCCGCUAGAAAACCACAAGACGCUUCGUUUAACGGUUCAUAGACAACACGACGAUAUAGUAAGGCGAUGCACCUGAGUGUCACCUAGGUAUAAUCAGGUGGAACUAGACAUACAAUAUUCAAGAGAAAUUAACAUCAUCUACAAAGUCAAUCUUCACUCUCUCAAUCUUUCAAAAUCUCAAGAACUUUGUGAGCUAUUGAGCUAUUAUUGUACGAACUUGUAACCAAUUUUCGUGUUGUUAAGUGUUAAGUAAGUUACAAUCAUUUGAAUGAAGUAUGAAAGUGUUG